AUGUUUGGCUUGCCUCCCUUGCCGCUCCUGGUGGUGCAGCCCUUCCAUCUGAAGUUGUUUCUGUCAAACAAGUACAUUUACGGACAGAUAUGGCGCGCGGCAGACCAGCACGUCGUGGCGGCGGCCAGCACCAUAGAGGCACCCGUGCGGGAGGCGCUCAAGGAGGCGGGUGCCUCAGCAUCCUGCUCGCAGGCAGCCAGCAGGGUGGGCCAGCUGCUUGCAGAGCGUGCGCAGAAAGCGGGGGUCAGCGGCGUGACGUGGCCACGGCGGCGGGGCGAGUCGUAUCACGGCAAGCGCAAGGCGCUGCUUGAUGCCAUGCGGGAGGCGGGGCUGCCGCUGAUCUGA